AUGUCUCAGGCUCAAGAAGCUAAGAAGCAUGACUGGUCAGCAACCAAGUACAUGAAAUACGGCAACGAGCGCACCCGUCCUGUCAACGAUCUCGUCGCUCAAGUGAUCCAACACUUCCCAGCUCCCCCAACACGAAUCUACGACCUCGGGUGUGGGCCAGGAAACAGCACCUCCGCUCUUCUUUCCGCCUUCCCUGACGCCAAAGCCACCGGCAUCGACACAUCACCAGACAUGCUCGAAAAGGCACGAGCAGCACUCCCCAACGCCGAGUUCAUCAAAGGCGAUAUCGGCGCCUGGACUCUACCAUCAUCGUCCGACCAAAGUCCCGUUCUGGUCUUCUCGAACGCUGCAGUGCACUGGCUACGUUCACCCAAGCGACUGGAGACCGUGUCUCGAGUCUUCAACUCCCUCCCCACAGGCUCCGUGAUCGCUAUCCAGGUCCCGGAUAACUAUGACGCGCCGACACACUCUCUCAUGCGAGCUGUCGCGUCUGAACCUUCAAAGCCAUGGUCCAAGUACUUCACUGACGUACGAAUCGGCGACUUGGCCGACAAGACUCGACCUGAUCUCGACCCCAUCGAGGCAGCGGAAUCGUGGUAUAAUGUCCUCGUUUCCUCGGCAGACACUGUAAAUAUAUGGCGGACGGAGUACAAGCACGUCAUCAAAGAUGCGAGAGGGAUUGUAGAUUGGGUUGCUACGACUGGGCUGGGGCCGUAUCUCGUGAGGAUGGAGGGAGAUGAAGAGGCGAAGGUUGCGUUUGAAAAGGAAUAUGAGAGGAGGCUUUCGGAAGUGUAUACCAAGUUGGAAGAUGGGAAAGUGCUUUUGGGAUAUCCUAGACUGUUUGUCCUCGCGAGGAGGAAGUGA